CAUGGUUUCAAUUUGUAAUGACGUGAUGCUUUUCAUUCACGUCCGCCCAUUCUCGAAUAUACUAUUAAGGCCACCACAAAAGAUAAAGAUUGUGCGCUCUCGGUUAGCCAAAUUUCGAGACUUUUGAACCUAACCCCUCCAACCAUUCCUCUGUCCUUGACACCACCACGAAUACACAAUGAGCGCCUUUCAAAACGGCGGUGCUCCGUCGCGAGCCAUGGACGAGGACUCUGAUAUCGAGGAGGAGGCUCUCGCCGCCGACUACCGCGAGCAAGUUCAGUAUGAAGGCAUGGAAGAGCUGGAACAAGUCAGUUCGAUGAGCAUGGCACAACAGACCGAUGACAUCCAGUCAAGACUUGCGGCAGCAGCACAACCUCUUGACUUCUCAGCUCCUCUCGAGGUCAAGUUUGCUAGUUAUGACAACUACUGCAGCUUGUUCCACUUCAUCUUGAACUCGGACGGUCCAGUCGAUUUGGAACCCCCUUCUUACUACUGGGCUUGGGAUGUUAUUGACGAAUUUAUCUACCAGUUCAACUCGUUCUGCUCGUACAGAAACCGUGUCGCGCGGCAGGGAAACAAUGAAGAAGAAAUUACCAUCCUCCGCGAAGCACCAAACACCUGGGGCUGCUACAGCGUGCUCAACGUCCUAUACUCCCUCAUUCAACGAUCUCAGAUCAACGAACAAUUGGCUGCUAUGAAACGCAACGAGGAGCCUAUGGCAGUGGCUGGCGACUACGGCUCCAAGUCUCUGUACCGAAUGCUUGGAUACUUCUCUAUCAUUGGUCUGCUGAGGGUUCACUGCUUGUUGGGAGAUUUCAGUCUUGCGUUGAAGACUCUCGAUGAUAUUGAGCUCAAUAAGAAGGCUAUGUUCGCCCGGGUCAUGGCGGCGCACUUCACAACUUACUACUAUGUUGGUUUCUCCUACAUGAUGAUGCGCCGAUACGCAGAUGCCAUCCGCAUGUUCAGCCACAUCCUCAUCUACGUUUCUCGAACCAAGAACUUCCAGAAGAACGCUCAGUACGACUCGAUCUCGAAGAAGAACGACCAAAUGUACGCCCUGAUUGCCAUCUGCGUGGCUUUCCACCCAACCAGACUUGAUGAUACUAUCCACACUGCUCUCCGUGAGAAGUAUGGUGACCAGCUCUUGAAGCUACAGCGUGGUGGACCGGAGUCACUUCCAAUCUUUGAGGAGCUGUUCCGUUCCUCUUGCCCAAAAUUCAUUUCUCCUACACCUCCCGACUUCGACAACCCAGAGCUGAAUGUCGACCCGCUGGAGCAUCACUUGGCCAUCUUCAUGGACGAAGUCAAGACGAAUAUGUGGAGCCCAACUGUCAAGUCCUAUCUUCGCCUCUACACAACCAUGGACUUGAAGAAAUUGGCAGGCUUCCUGGAGGUUGAGCCAGAAAAGUUGAGAGGAUGGUUACUGGUGAACAAGCAGAGAAGCAGACAAAUCAGAUGGACGGAUAAUGGCCUUCUGGAUGGUGAAAUAGUCAAUUCUAAUGAUCUUGAUUAUGCCAUGCAAGGAGUAAGAAUUGCACCAUCUUCAGAUAUCACCUGCUAAUCAAUUAUCCUAGGACUUGAUCCACAUUUCCGAAGCAAAGGUUGG